AUGUCGGAUCACAGUCAUCUGAGCUCGGCGGAGAAAAAGCGCCUCCGCGAUCGACGGGCGCAGCAGAAUUCUCGAAGUAAAAAGUUGCAGUAUCUCAGUCACCUCGAAGAUCGCAUCGCACGGCUAGAAGAGCAGGUCGCUCACUGUCGGCAACACCACACCGAUGAAGGCGCCCAACAGCGAUCUGAAGAGCUAGAGACCCUCCGGAGACAAAAUGCAUCUCUUCUUGCGCGUCAACGACAGCUGAAAAAUCUCCUGCAAUCUUGGGACAUCGAUGCGCUGACGUCUCCGGAAGCUGCCACGGGACCAGCUUGUACCCCCGAGGCCGCCGAUGUCGAGAGCCUGCGUCCUCCACUACCAUCGCUACCACCGCCGAUAGCAGUCUCGCGCAGCUUGAUAGACCCCUUGGAAGCUAGUAGAAGAACUCUACCCAUCCCGCCGAUCGCUCCAAUCCUGCCACCGCUGCCGCCACUCGCAGCUACUAUCAACUACGCUCACGACUCUACAAACUCACCAGAGCCACUCUGGAAACGCAUUCCACUCACCAACGACGACCCGUCAGCCCCCUACAUGAAUUGGGUAGCUUAUCAGGAGCAGAUCAGAGCAUCCCCGGACUCCCCCGCCUCUCCGCUGGAUCUCCUGUACGGCUCCAAGACCAACGUCCUGGCAGACCUAGUCUACCGCACCACGAAGCGACGGCCGCUGCGCGACCCCGAGCGCCUGGCCUGUGGGUGGCUAGCCUACCACCUGCUCAAAUGGAUGUACUCUCCCAGUCCCAGCCGAUUCGCUCGGCUGCCAACCUUCAUGCAUCCGAAUAUCGACCAAAUCAACAUUCCCCACCUUGGGUCGAUCGACCUCAUGAUCUGGCCGCAGAUCCGGUCCAAUCUGAUCCGUCGUUGGCACAUCUACGAGGGUCAGCGUGACGAUCUCUUUGGGUUCCUGGCCUGUUGUCUCAAGGUCCGUUGGCCCUGGGGCGAGAGUAUCCUCGAGCGCGAUGAUCAGGAUCAACUCCGUAUCCGACGCAGCUUCUACGAGACGUUCAUGACCAUCGAGGGAUGGGGACUCACCCCCGAUGUCAUUCGAAGCUACCCCAGUAUUUUGACGGGGGUUGACCUGCAGUCUAUUGUGUAUGAGGUCCUGUGA